UUUCAACAUUGUGUCAUUUGAUCAUUUCUUUAACAUUACAAACAUUUCAAAACAUCACAACCACCAUAGAAAACUAAGGCAGAAACUUGAAGUUUAGAUGGAAAGCACCGAUUCAUCAACAUGUUCACAAUACCCGAAUCUUCCACCCGGGUUUCGGUUUCAUCCGACAGACGAAGAACUCGUCGUUCAUUACCUAAAGAAGAAAGCUUCUUCGAUCCCUUUACCUGUUGCCAUCAUAGCCGAGGUUGAUCUUUACAAGUUUGAUCCAUGGGAGCUACCAAGUAAAGCUAUUUUUGGCGAUCAAGAAUGGUACUUUUUCAGUCCACGAGAUAGAAAAUACCCUAAUGGAAUGAGACCUAAUCGUGCGGCCACAUCGGGGUAUUGGAAAGCUACCGGCACCGACAGGCCCAUUAUGUCAUCGACCGGCGAUCAAAAGGUUGGAGUUAAGAAGGCACUUGUUUUCUAUGGCGGAAAGCCGCCAAAAGGAAUUAAAACCAAUUGGAUCAUGCAUGAAUAUCGACUUAUCGAAAAUGCUUCUUUCAAGGCACCCGCCGUCAAUUUAUCAAAAAAGAGCUCUUUACGGCUUGAUGAAUGGGUUUUGUGUCGUAUUUAUAAGAAGAACAACACGAGUAGACCGACAGACAGGGAUCCGGACCAUGAUUACAUGGAAAACAUGAUUGCUUCCAAGACUACAAACUCCAACGGAUUGAUCGAAAACAAUCAAGAAACUUACUUUGAAAUCCUGAACAAUGAAGACGGGUCAAGGAUUCGACAAAGCAACUCUAUAUCUAAACUGGGUUCUUCGAGUUCUUCAUUAAAAUCCGGUGUUUCUUCGAUGAUUUUGAACCCCGCGAAACGCUCAUUCCCAACUACUCACUACUGGAAUCUUGAUUCCGCCGAGAAAAGGUUUCAUUCCGACGAAGACAUCAAUGGAAUGAUGGAUCGGAAUGGUUCAUUCAUCUCUUUGUUGAAUCCGACUCAACAAGGGAUUAGUGGAUUCCAUCCAAAUGCAGUAUUGGGUUCGCUUGGUGAUUCUACUUUCCCUUAUCAUCUUUCUUCACUAAAUUGGCAUACCUAAAGUUUUACUUUUAGUGUUUGUUAAGUGAAGGAGUCAUAGAUGGUAUAAAUCUUUAUAAUGAAAACGUUACUAUGCUAAUAAUAAUUAUAAUUGUAACUAUUCAUAUAAAGCUAUAAAUUUGUUGUUGACAUGAAAUUCUUAUCGAGUU